UAGUUGGCUGCUUCAGUACAAUAUUACUUAAUAAUAAUUAGUGCUUUUGCUGGUUUCAUUAUUACUAGGUACAGUAAAGGUACUGUAAACUUUGACAAUAUAUCGUACAAAUGUAUUCUGGACCGAGGGAAGGAGAGGGAGAUAAAGAGAAGGGGUCUUUUAAUGAGUUUUAUGAGAAAAUUUUCCUAUAUAAGGCACCUUGAAGGGUCAUAGCCAACAGUAUCACGAAUUUGUAACAUCGUACUCUACACGGUACUUCCGGUUUUCGUAAUAACGUAAGAUACCCAUAAGAUGGUGGCCAGUCGAAUCCCCGUAUUCUUCAUUUUAUCAUUAACGAUGACGACAGUCAUUUGUCAGACGUUUCAAUACAGUCACGGUUGGACAAAUGGGAAAAGAUCGGCGACUUCGGUGUUGGAGGAACUGGUAAAUUCCUCUGGCAAGAAUGCGGCUCAAUUAGACAAUGUCCUUGUUAAUUGUGAGCUACAGAAGUUGAGAUUAUUGCUUCAAGGAAAUAUCGACAGCCAAUUUCUACAAGUUCCUUGCGAGUUCUACGAUACCGCAAAGAGAAACUACCCCGAAAUUAUGGCCAACGAGCAUUUUCGACGACAAUCAUCUACCUCUAGCAACAAUUAUUAAACGCGUUAACUUCAUUCGACUUUGCACCACAGCAGCAUUAAUUAAUUGCCAAUUGUAAUCAAGUAAUAAAAAGCUACGAACUUA